AUGCACAUACUAGUAACGAACGAUGACGGCCCACCAUCCGCUACAUCUUCUCCCUACGUCCAUAGUCUAGUCCGUGAACUUCAGAAGAGGGGACAUGAUGUCUCAGUCUGUCUACCUCACACCCAGCGUUCCUGGAUUGGGAAGGCCCAUAUGAUUGGCCAGACUGUCAAGCCACUAUAUUACCGGCCGUCCGAGACAUUCGAUCCGUCCCCUACUACCGCCUCCCAAGCACAAGGUACCACAAACGCACGGCCGAGCAAGAAUGGCAAAGACGAAGAGUGGAUUCUUGUAGACGGAACACCCGCAAGCUGUGCUCAGAUCGGCCUACAUCACUUCUUCCACGAGAAGGGUCCGGUCGACCUUGUAGUUUCGGGUCCCAACUACGGUCGAAAUACAACAGCCGUAUUCGCGCUGAGCUCUGGUACGCUUGGUGGCGCCAUUGAGGCUGCGGUGUGCAGAAAGAAGGCUAUUGCAUUAAGCUACGCCUUCUUCAGCCGCAAUCACGACCCUCUCGUCAUCAAUGCCGCCAGUCGCCACAGUGUGAAGGUUAUCGAGAAAUUGUAUGCCGAGUGGCCAGAAGACAGAAGUGUCGACUUGUAUUCGGUCAAUGUACCUCUCAUUGAAGGUGUUGAGGGACAGAAAACACUCUGGACGGAAGUACUGCAGAAUUAUUGGGGCGAGAAUGGGGCUUGUUUCGAGGAGGUUGAGGGGAGCAUCGGUGAUGAGGGCGAAGAGGAAGAGAGAAUACGCGAAGGUGAGGAAUCUAAAUCAUCAGGGCCCCCUGAUUCGAAAGCGAACGGCGACACAAACGGAGAGGGCCAGACACGAUACGCACAUAGGCAUUUUAAGUGGGCGCCGAGGUUUACGGAUGUUUAUAAGAGUGUUGACGAAUCGACACCGGGUAACGAUGGAUGGGCCGUUAAGGAGGGCUUCACCAGUGUAACACCAUUAAAAGCGAAUUUCUGUCAUGCUGCAACGCAUUUGCAUGGGGAGGAGUUGAAAUUGAGUACUUCGGACCCCCAAACUAUGACAUUGUCCACGUCGACCCUAAUCUACCGACCUAAGCAACAUUUCUACGCUUUGAUCGCCUACGAGGACCCCUAUGUCCAGCCCCUCAUCCUGUCUGCUUUGAAGAAGUUAUUCUCACCAGAAGCGUAUACCCUGCUCUCAAUACCCGAGACCGCGGCCUCGGAAGAGCCAGUUUCGUUAAGCGAUUUAUUGCCAAACAAUACCAGUAGCCAGAUCCUACAGAUCACGCCGUAUGAGGCCAUCGACUGGGACUACGUAGAUGCGCAUCCGCGCACGUGCCUCGUGAACAGCUACAUGCUGCGCAAGGCGCUGAUUCGUAAACACUACCUCUCGGCAACGGUAGAGCAGUGGGUGGCCAAGAGGCCGGAGAGCGUGCUGGCGAAGCAUGUCAAGAGGAGCGAGCACUUCGAGCUCGACUACGCGGAGUUCCUGGACGAUGCGCUGGUCGAGGCGUUUGAUCUCAGGGCGAGUCUAGAGGCGAACGAGGGCAGGGAGGAGAAGGAGAAAGAGUGGUGGAUUUUGAAGCCCGGGAUGAGCGAUAGGGGACAGGGAAUUAGGUUGUUUUCGACGAUGGGAGAGUUACAAGACAUUUUUGAUGGGUGGGAGGUUGAUAGUGAGGAUGAAGAUGAGGAUGGCGGUGAGGACGGAGAUAGGGGUGAACGAGAUGGCGGUGAUAGGGAGAAUGGUAGUGCUGACGCGGUCUCGCACCGCAGCGCGAGCGAGAAAGACAACAUUACAACCUCGCAUCUUCGUCACUUCGUGGCUCAGCCGUACAUUCACCCACCGCUCCUGCUGCCCAACGACGGCCGCAAGUUUCACAUCCGCACCUACGUCGCGUGCGUUGGAAGCCUGGACGUCUACGUGUACAGGCAUAUGCUCGCGCUGUUCGCGGGGAGGGAAUACGCCGCUCCAGGGGCUACUCAUACAUCUACGUUCACGUCUACUACAGCUACGGCUACGGCUACGGAUGGACCCGGGUCUUCGAAUACGAAGGAAGCGGGCGAUAUAGAUCUAGAAGCACACCUUACCAACACGUGUCUCCAGCGCUCCGUGAGCGACGGCACAGUCCAGCGGUUCUGGGACCUGGAGCUGGGGGAGGAGAGGAAGAGGGACGUGUUCGGGCAGAUCUGCGAGGUCACCGGCGAGGUCUUUGAGGCGGCGGCCCGCGCGAUGCUGAUGCACUUCCGCCCGCUGCCGAACGCGUUCGAGGUGUACGGACUGGAUUUCCUGGUCGAUGCCCGCGGCACGGCUUGGCUGCUGGAGGUCAACGCGUUCCCGGACUUCAAGCAGACGGGCGAGGAGCUGAGGGGCUUGGUCGCCGGGCUGUGGGAGGAUGUCCUGAGGGUUGCGGUUACGGGAUUCUUUGGGGCUGGCGGGAGAGAUGGGGAGGGGAGAGGGAGGAGCUAUGGAGAGGGUGGUGAGGGUGAGGGUGAGGGUGAGGAGGAGAGGCUGGUGCAUGUGAGACGUGUGGAUUUGGGACGGUAG